UGGAUGCUGUUCGGUCUUCCACGACUGCUAAGAUUUCCGUAUUUUGGUCAAAUAUUGGUUACAAAUGAAAACGUUUACUACAGAUGCGUUAAUGCAUCAUCAUGUCGCUUGAUGCUCCUAAUCAAGAAGAAAACAAUUCAGAAAAUGGUGACUUGGGUCUUGGUGAAGGGUUACGGCCCGGAUCCCUCCCAAAAAUAUUAAAAGGUUGGAAAGUAAAGAAAACUAAACAGAAGGAGAAAUACUUACCAGAUGAUUUUUAUUGUGGUGAUCUGCAUCCUCCAAUACAGAGUAAAUCACGACUGACAUUUCCUAGAAAGACGAGAACACAAAGUCAUUCUUCAAUAGAUUCCGAUGAUAUGAGUGAAAAUGACAAGGGCAAUGAUAACUUCCCAACGUUUGCUGAUAUUCCAUAUGGAACUUCACUAAAGCAACAAAAACGACUUUUUGAAAAAGACCUGUCAAAUAUAAGACAAAGAUGCCAAUCUUUAGAUUCAUCUUCACAGCUUUUUCUCUCCGAUGGUAAUUCAAAAAAUUUGGUUUUUUCAGCAAAACUUCAGAGAAGUCUAAGCAGAGAUGCAAUAGAAAAAAAGUUACUGGAAGCAGAACAGGAAGUGGAAGAACUGAAGAAUGAUCUGGAAAUAUAUCAUAAACGACUAGAAGCAAAAUACCAAGCUAUUGCUAUUCUGAAAACACAGGUCUCAGAAAUUGAAGAAAAAGAUCGGAAGACAAAAAAGUACAGUCAUUCCCUUGAGAAGGAGGUUAAUCAACUCCACUUUGAAUUGGGCAAACAGGAAAGUAGUACGGAAGACAGUCAACAGUUGUGGGCCGUACGAUUUGACAGUGUAUGCAGGGACAAUGUAGCUUUAACGGUGGAACUUGAACAAAAGACAGCGGAAUUGAAGGCUGCUCAUUCACAGAACCUCUAUUUGCAUCGGGAGCGAGACGAGCUUAUCGCUUUGUUAGAUGUCCAGGAAAGAGGAAUUUAUACAAAAUCAAAAAGUACAUCCUCUGAUGAUCAGGAAUACAGCCAGUACACUUCUGCAGAGGUAAAGGUUGAAGGUCGUAGUAAAGUUCAAGUGUCAUCAGAGCUAGCCAUGAUGGGUGCCUGUAAGUGUCGAGGCACUGAACCAGAGCCGUGUGGAUGUGCUAUGGCCGCCGCUCAUCUACAACGAGAGAUCAUCAAGUGCCAUGAAAAGAAUGAGAUGUACCUGCGAAGACGAGAUGAGGCUUACAUGACGGCUGACGCCUACCACAUGGCGUUUGAGGAGCAGCUGUCCAAGAACAAGGCACUCAUGCUCCACCUAAUAGACAUUGCUACCUCAGGCUCCGGACCGUCACGCAUCACCAAGGCUAAGGCUAUUGUCAAGCGCUUCAUACAGAUGCUCAAUGAUGAGGACUACACCACAGAGCUAAAAAGAUUUCAUCCACAAGGGGAGGGAACUGCAAAUAACGGAACUUGUCCCCUACCCCCGGGAGUCCCGCCCAUAACCGACAGAGACCUGGUACUUGCGUUCACAGAAAUACUACAUGAUAGAACUGAGGACUUAGCCAACAAGAAAAUUGCCAUACAGGUCCUCGGGGAUCGAAUCCAACAUUUAGAGGAAAGAUUAAACAUUCAAGAGGAUGUAUUCUAAAGUUAGACGAAAGAUCGGACAUUCAGCAGGAUGUAUUCCAAAGUUAGACGAAAGAUCAGACAUUCAGCAGGAUGAAUUCCAAAGAAAGAGGAAAACAACCAAUGAGAAAACACUGUUUCAGAUGACAGCAAAAUGUCCAAUCAGAUUUAUUUAUUCAUUUUGCUGCUUUAAAGCAAACAACCAAUCAGAAACCAUGUAAAAUGUCAGCAGUCAAGUCAAGGCUGUUGUCCUGGCUAAACACCUGUGAGGUACCGGUGACUGUCAUGGCUGGCCUGUAGAGAGUGAUACAUUGUGGACUUUCAUCCUUACCGGUAUAAUUGUCACAUAUGUUAUCACAGGCUGGUUUGCCAUCAUGGUCAGCUGAUCAAGUUUCAACAACUAGACCGUGGUUACGGCUAAGGACUUUUUCAACAUUGUUCAUGGUGUGGAAGUGGAUGGCUCUCUAAUGUCAUCAGACAUUAUUGACUUAAUUUCACUGACAUUAUUGAUUGGUCAGCCAGUAGUUGGACUGGUCACUGCUAAACCCAUUUUUGAUAAGAUGAAUCUUGUAAAAAAACACUGACCGGUAAAGACAGACUUAAAACUUUAAGUGCAUUGUCAGACAUUCUGUUUACGGUAAUACAAUGUUCUUAUAGCUAGAUACAGCUCACAUGGACGUGACUUCCAAGGUCUCGGUUAUCAUUCCACAAUGUAUUUAUGUUACUGCAGAGAAUAUCUACGAUAUACUGAUACUAUAGUGCUAAAUUUCUAGGUUGUUGUGGGAAGGGGUGCUGUUUGUUGUUUUGUAAUUGUUAAUGUUGAUAGUUUAGCUUACAAUUAUAAGUGAAUCUGAAGAAAUCAUGUUUUAAAGGUUAAAAGAUAAAUAUGUUUUUAAGUUAUAAUUCCAUGGAACUUUGUUACCUCAUGGAUAGAUAAAAAUAGAUUAGAUAAAAAAAACUAUGGAAGAAAACGAUUUUAUUGAUAAGUACAUAGGCCAAACACAUGAUAUAUGGGGACAGUUAUAGUACAACUGUUUCUUAGAGAUUUACUAUAUAAUCAAUCAUGUUGCAUAUUGAUUGCAUUUGUUAAAUGCAUAUUUUUCUCAAAUUAAAUGAACAGACAUUUUUGAGAAGAUGAUGUCUGAAAAAAACUACAGACUAAUAUUGAAAGUAAAAAUGAAUACCAACAGUGUUCUGCCAUAAGUGUUAAUCAAAUAUAAAAAUCAUAAUAUUGAUUGUGUUAAAUUAAGGUCUGAUCAGAUGUUCUAGUGCACAAAAGUCACAAAAUUAUAUGUUCCCUGAUAGUGUUACGGAACAAUGUGAAAGACAGAAUAUAUUGUUGAUUUUUUUAUUGUGUAAUUAUAAUAUCAUGGUUAUAUCAUCAUUAUAUGUUGAUAAUAAGAAAAUCUACAGGUGUAUGUAUUUUCAUGAUUCAUAAUAACGUCAACCAAAUACAAAUAUGUGCCAUCUUCACUUUUUAAUUAAUUCUCAAUAAUUUUAAUUGUGCAGAAAAGGUAUAUUGUUUUGAUAUAAAAUUGAUAUGUUGAUCUACAGUUUAACAAGGAUUGAGAUAAUUGAAUCAUGCCAGUCCAGAGGUGUUUAACAGGGAUGUGAUUCUUCCUCUUUUCAGAAGAUUUCCACUUUUUCCUAUUUUCGCACGAUUUAAGAAAUUCUUGAUUUACUCUGAAACAUUUUUUUUAAAGUUUAUGAGGGGUUGAGAUGUGUUCCUCCAUUUUGCACUUUGAUUUCGUCUUUUUUUCAAACCCCAAUCACAUCCCUACAUACUAUUCUGAAAUUCAGAAUCAAUACCGUAUGAUCUCAAAUUCUUGUUUUUUUGUGUCGCCUGCGAAAAGCUGGUGACACAUAGGUAUUGCUAUGUCGGCGACGGCGGUGGCGGCGGCAGCGUCCGAACAGAGGUUUUCGUCAAUAACUUGAGUUUCCUUUGGCCGAUCAAACUCAAACCUCAUGCAGUG